CGUUGACAGCCACUGGCCACUGAGCAGCCCACUCUGUCGGGGUUUGUGUGUCCAUGCAAGACUGCUGAAGAAGAAGCUCUGACUCUCCUUUUCUUUUAUUUACAAAAGAAACUAAACAGAAAAGCCUGUGCACCGCGACUAAAGCACAACAAGUGAACCCAACAGCUUCUCAAGUCAUUUUCUAGACUCAUCACUGUCUCUCAGCUCCCUGCACAAUGUCUGGAGAGGACGCACCUGCCCAGCAGCAAAACGCCGUGGACCAGAAGCAGGAAACCAAACCCGCUGAGGAGCCCAAAGCUGAGCCGCCCAAGGCGGACUCUGCUCCUGCUGCAGCCGCCGAGGCAGCAGCCACCCCCGCGGCGACCACCGAGAAGGUCCCUGAGGAGGAGACGUUCACGUACCGCGCCCUGGUGCUCACCGGCCACGGCGGCUAUGACAAAGUCAAGCUGCAGGUGAAGAAAGGGAAGCCCGCGGUGAAGGCUGGUGAGGUCCUGGUUCGGGUCAAGGCAUGCGGGCUAAACUUCGCCGAUCUGAUGGCUCGACAGGGGCUGUACGACCGGAUGCCAUCCCCGCCGGUCACCCCGGGGAUGGAGUGCUCCGGGCUGGUGGAGGCUGUGGGGGAAGAAGUGACGGACAGAAAAGUGGGUGAUAAGGUGAUGGUGCUGAACCGCUUCGGCCUGUGGCAGGAAGUGGCCGUGGUACCUGCCAGCCACACCUUCCUAAUCCCAGAGGGCAUGAGCUUCGAGGAGGCGGCCGCGCUCCCCGUGAACUACAUCACCGCCUACAUGAUGCUGUUUGACUUCGGCAACCUGCGGCCCAAUCAGAGCGUCCUGAUCCAUGCUGCUGCAGGUGGAGUUGGCAUCGCUGCCACUCAGCUGUGCAAGACGGUGAAGGACGUGACUGUGUUUGGCACAGCAUCAGCCAGCAAGCAUGAGACCAUCAGCCAGGGCGGGGUUACGCAUCCCAUUGACUACCGCACCAAGGACUACGUGGAGGAAGUCCGUAAGAUCAGCCCCAAAGGCAUGGACAUAAUCCUGGACCCUCUUGGAGGAUCGGACACCCAUAAGGCCUACAACCUGCUCAAGCCUAUGGGAAAACUCAUCACCUACGGUGCAGCUAACAUGCUCGCAGGCCAGAAGAAGAACCUCCUGGCUGUGGCCAAGAACUGGUACCAUCAGUUCUCCAUCCACACACUCAGUUUGAUCCAGGGCAACAAGUCAGUGUGCGGCUUCCACCUGGGCUACUUGGAUGGAGAGAUGGAGCUCAUCAGCCAGGCCAUGAACACCAUCCUGGAUCUGUACAAGGAGGGCAAAGUCAAGCCCCGCAUUGACUCAACCUGGCACCUGGAGCAGGUGGGAGACGCCAUGAGAAAGAUGCAGGAGAGGAACAACAUCGGCAAAGUUAUCCUCACCACAGAGCCCAUGCCGGAGGAGGAGAAGAAGGAGGAGCCUAAGAAGGAAGACAAGAAAGAGGACAAGAAGAAGGAGGACAAGAAGAAGGAGGACAAGAAGAAGGACGAUGCCAAGAAGGAGGAGAAGAAGGAUGACAAGAAGAAGGAGGAGCCCAAGAAGGAGGAAAAGAAGGAGGAAGAGAAGAAAGAAGAGGCCAAGAAGGAGGAGAAGUGAGGGAGAAGGGAGGGGAGAAAGUCGAGCAGACCAGCAGGGAGUUUGUUCUUUUGGAGGAGGGGGUGUGGUGUCGGGGAGGGUGGGGGAGGCAUGGGGUGGGAGUGGGAGGGGGUAGGUAAGGAUGGGAGUUAGAAAGCUAGAUUACAAUCUUAUCAAACCACUGUCGAUUUUUCAUCUCUCCACCUCCCCCCUUAGCCUUACCCUCAUGAGUCCUCUAUGGCAGUAAUUACUCCGGCCAAGCUUCGCCCACUCCUCACCGCCAUUCUCCGUCCUAUUUAUCGCCUUUAUCCAAAAUAGAAAUAAUUGUUAUUACUUGCAACUGCUUCAGCUCAUCCUCCUGAAAAUUGAUCACCUAUAGGGACUGGUGGGAGCCCCAGAGGAUUGUGGGUACAGGCCAGGCCUCGGAUGAAUUACUGUUUCUUUGACAACCCUGCUCCCACUCCGGCCCCACCAUCACCCCUCGACUCCCACUGUGCUAAAUUGUUCUGCUCUGACUUCCACCUGCCACCUCCUCUUUUUUCCCCCCUUUCCUCCCCCCCACUGUGCUGAGUCCACCUCCCACUCCCACCCACACCGCCCACCCCCGGGCCGGACCCACAGACAGGCACAAAGAGCGGCGGCUAAAAUGGAGAACCACACCCACCCACACGCUGCUCUCUUAGUGUCCAACACUCGGUUAUGUCACUUAAAGGAUGAGUCAGAGAUGCCUGUGAUUGGCUGGUGCCUCCUGCCUCUCCUCCCUUGAGAUAUUUACAUCAUGUUUUAAAUCAUGACGUUAGCUCAAAUAAAGUCUCAAUGCUACAUGGCUAACUUUGUUAGCUUUGGGAAACAGCCUCAUAAUGUGUUCCCAUCAGAUUUCCCUGCAGUUUUGCCCUUGCCUGAAUAUGAAUCUCCCUCAUAAUGAGCCUUUCUGUGCAGCGCUGAAUAGGGAGGCAGAAAUCAUUGCUCAGCUUCCUUCUCCUUAGUUACAGAUUUUUCUAGCUGACCAACUGUUGGCAAGAAGUGUGCGGUGCCAAUUAAGAGAGAAUUUGUUUCUGUUCAAACAAGCCACACACAUACAAACAUAGCCACACUGAAUUUGAUGAAAGGGGCACUGUCAUGCAGGGACAGUGAAGCAUCUGAAACGAGCAAGUUGAGAAGGUGAAUGCCGCUCUUUUCUUCGUCUUCAUCUUCUUCCUCCUGGAGGCAUUUGUGGCAUUCUACUCCUUUCACAGCGACCCCAGGGCCUGUCGAUCUCCCUGACCUGAGAGAUUCAAUUCAAGCUGGCGUCCGUACUUUGCCUCCCCUCCUCUCCUCUACCGAGUUCACCCUUCUCUUUCCAUUUCCCUCUCUAUGGUAGGCAUAGCAACAGGCGUCAGGCUCGUCAGAGGAGGUACUGUGGCCUGCUUCUCUGACUCCCUCUCCCUGCAUCUCCCUUUCCUGCCUCCCUAUGCCUGCAUUUGUCGAGGAGUUGCAGAAUUCAUAAAGGGUUUCUGCUGAAGGAAGGUAGUGAUGUGUUGUUCAUGAACGAGUCAGAUUUUUUAAAGUGAAGAACAGGAUCCAGACCUGUUUUAAGGCUGUUUUUUGAGGGAACAGGGGUGAUCUUUUUUCCACCAUACUUCAAGGCUUGAUGGUUCAACGUCAGUGUCUCAAACCAGGGGUGUCUUACGAGCCACCAAAUGAGCAGGCCUAUGUAAUUUUCAGUAACUAAAAAAAGCGUAAGAUUAAAGCACAAAUAUCAAUCAAAUGUCAAAUCAUUGUUAGAUUUAGCUGAUCUAAGCCAAACUGGUACCAAAUGAAGAGCCAUUUGGGAUCCAAAAGAGCCGGAUCUUCAUUUUGAGCUGAGCCAAAUGAUCCGGAUCACCCAAAAGAGCCACAAUUCCCAUCACUAGAGGAAGCAGUUAGUCUGUUUUAAGAAAAAGUCCAGUCUAGUAAUGCCAGUAUGUGCUUGUUGAACAGAGCACAGCUCCCCCUAAUGUCCAGUAUGAGUGGUGUAAUAUCCUUUCAAUACAGCCCCCAGUUUUUCAUCACAAAUCGAGGAUAUUAACUUUAAACCUUACAUCAAAUCUGAUAUUUAUCUAUCAACCCACCCACCUACUUGCUUGCCCACCUACCUGUCUGUGAGCCCGGCCGCAUUGUUCAGACUCAGAUGGGGACUAGUGACUUUGUAAAAAACAAAAAAAAAAUUGAAGAAAAAAAACAGAAAAAAGUUGUUGUGUUAGCAUGAGUGGCCUCCCUCAUGUGCUGUGUGGUGUGCCAUUGUGUGUGAAGAUGUGUGCGUCCUCAGGUCGUCUGUCAGGUUUUAAAAAGCACCCACCCUGACCCGACCCCUCCUCACAGUGCCCCGCUACAGUAUUAUGUAGCUCCAACCCCACCCCCCUCGCCCCCCGUCCCAUCUCUCCUCCUGUCUGAUAAAGAGGCCUACGUUACGAGGACAGUUGGUAUUAGUAUUUUGCACUCUGCUCGCUGAUCUUAAUGCACUUACGAGCAUGGCAGUCGCACUCCAGUCCCACGCAGGCUUUGAUUCUGCUCCAGGUUUGCAGCCCUGUUUCCCAUCAUGCACUCCCAAGUGUAUCUGCUGAAGCCUCACUGAAAGCACAGGUGGCACACACAUAAAAACACACGUACUCACAUCCCUGCUCGGCCAACUUCUCCUGGGUGGCAGCUAAAAUCAAAGCAUUCAUCCAUCCUUUACGGCUGGAGAUAAAACAUGGAGUGGAAAAGGGGCUGGAGUGCGAGUGCCACGCUGGUGUGGGGAGUGACUGUGUCCUGUCAGCCUCUGGUUAGUGUUCUGUUCUAAUCUGCUGGGCUCCCUUUGUGAACCUGUGGACGGUGCUUCUGUUUCCGAGUGCCAUGUGAGAAACAAACGCUUCAGUAAAGAAAAAAAAAGAUGUUUUACUUAAUAUGUUAUUUUAAUUUUACCUUUAUAUUUCCUUUUGUUUGUUUUUUAUCCAAGGGUUUAAAGUUCAAAGCUCAUGCUCUUUAUGUGGGGACCUGCCAGCCUGCACUCCUUUAAAUGUGAUUUUCUGUUGGUCCAAACCAUGUGUGCCAAAAUUGUUUGUAUAUUCCUCUGUCAAUGCUUUGAAUAUUAACAGUGCAUAAAAAAUAUGAUGACAGUUCUGUUUUUGGAUGCAUUUCCAUCAACCUGAAAGAAAAAUUAAAACAAAAAAAUGUUGUCAAUGGGUGCUGAUGGACAUUUUGUUGCAGUUUACAAACAAGUUGUAGUUGUGGAUUGGUUGCAGUCUUGCUAAACCAUAGGCCUGCACUGUGCCUCUCUCUCUCUUUGCACGCAGCUAACCUCAACCCGAGGCACCUCGCUCCUUAUAUCAACCCUUUUCACUGUGUUUACCAGCUCUCACAUCAUAUCAACAGCAACAGGUUGAAUCCUCAAAAGUGUUUACAAUCAUAGUAUUAGUAUCACAGGAAAAAUGAACAAGACUGUGAUGCAAAAAUCCUCCAAAAGACACAGAUUUGCCAAAUUCCUCCAAUUAUAAAGUCCAUGCUAUUCCUCUCUAUGGGUUUCCCUUUUCAGUUCCAGCUAUCACAAGUGAGGAAGCAGAUGUUUUCACACAGCUGUGCAGGGAUGCCAAUACUGUAACGCAGCUACACAAAACCCAAGCUUAUUGGCCAAUCAAAGCUCACACCAGAUCUGCCCCUGAUGCAACGUUUCUGGUUUACAGCUGAUCUCGGUUCACUCCAGGAUUAUUCGAGACGUUCCUCUUUUCCCGUGCUGCAUUCACAGAGCCUCUUGGCCGCUGCAACAGUUACAGUCCAGCAGCAGCCGGCCUCUUAUGUCACCUUCUUCUCUCUCCAUACACAUUCAUUCAAAUCAAACAUUGCUUUGACAUCUGGAAUUUUAGAUUGCAUGCAUGUGGAAAACAGAUUAUGUAUUUUCUCUUUCUCACUACAUUUCCCUUGGAGCUAUAAGAUGCCUUUAAGAUGAACUCAAUCAGUUUGCUGGAUGGCUUUAAGCACUACUAUCAUGGUAAAGCUGCAGCAAAAGUCAUCUGUAAGUGGUUUCGAAGUCAUUCCAGACACUUAUGCAAGAGUACUUAGCAACUCAAAGAGAUGCACAGGAGAAAACAGUGUGUAAGUAACAACAAAAAAGCUGAAUCUUUGCCGUUUUUGAUUUAAACUCAUGGUUGUAGGCUUGAAGAAAGCUCUAAGACAAUGAGCGUCUCCGAUAGCUCCUCUUCUGUCUUGUCUUGUCUUGUACAGCUGAUGUUCCUCACAGGCACCCACCGUUUAGCUUUGAGGUGAAUUUUGUUUUAUAUGGUUUCUCAGGUCAUUCCAAACAGCAGUUUUCUUCAUGUAAGACACGCCAUUCUGUUUCACUGCACAAGCUGUCACACCAACUUUCCUGCGCACCUUCCAUGUUUUAAUGCAAGCUUUAGUAUUCUGAGUCCAUGGAUAAUGUCCAAAUUCAGAGCCACUGUGUUCACUCAUCCACACUGAGAACCCAAACAACCACAUCGUCUUGCAGCUAUGGUUUUUAUUUUCAAAGCAGCAACAUCACAGAGAUGCUACGAGAGUACAACCUGGCUGGGCUUGUCAUGUAAAGUAGUCAGAUGCAUGUUUAGUCAACCUGAAGUUAGAGCAUAUGUUUCUGUACAGCUUGCCGUCUCUUUCCACGAUAGUCAAGUAGUCAUGUAGUGGUGUGGUGUGAGGGAGGGAAACACCCUUCCAGUCGUGUAAAGUUGCCAACUGAAGCCAAUCCACUGCCCCCCUCUGUGCCACCUGUCCUCACUUUCAGCAUCGGCACGGUCAUGAUACACCUUAACCUAUCUCUGGGAAUGCUUCAGACGCUCAUCCAUCCCUCCACACACCUCCUGCUAGAGUUCAGUCACCACUGGUAAUUUUCUACACGGCAUACCCAACAGGUUGAUUUCCAAGCUAGUUCUCCUUCUUUGUGUUUUUAUUUUCCUGGUUGCAAACACUCUUGUCUCAACUUUGUUUUUUAAACCCUUUGAAUUGAUGCUGCUUCUGUGCUUGACUCUGGGUUUACUGCGUGGUGCCAUGUUGUCCACAUGGCCUCUAGAGCUUGUAAUGCUUCAGUGUGUAAUGUUACCAUAUGCCUUACAUGUUUUCCAGGACUAAUAAA